GUCAACUUUCGCUGUGUUUCCUGUUUACGGGCGGGAAGGGAGAACAGACCUGAAUCUGUGUUCUGGCUGCAUAGUCUGGUUUAGUCUGUAUAUUCACAGGUUUAGCCUGAUUUCUGCGGUUUAAAGCAGCCUGUGUAUCGGGGGGAGAUCGGUGCAGGGCGCUAGAGAAGCAUGGAGGAGCCCGCGGACUCUGGUGGAGGCAGUGGAGCGCUGCUGAGUGAGAUCCGCUGGCCCGCGGGAGAGCGCUGCAUGCGGCUGCUGGAGUGGAAGGUGAAGCCCGGAGCUCUGGUUAAUGUGGACUCUGUUAUCGCAGUAUGUGGAGCUUCAGCCGCGGACAAGAAGUCCGGAGCGCAGGAGCGGGACCGGCCGAACAAACCGACCGUCCCCGAGAAGAAGCUGAAGUCGGACCGAGCCGGAGUUGUGAGAGAACUUUGCUGUCAGCUCGGGCAGGACCUAUCCGCCGGGGAUGUUGUCGUGAGAAUAGAAGAAUGCAAUCAUCCUAUUGUUAUGAAGGGUCUGUGUGCUGAAUGUGGCCAGGACUUAACACAGCUGCAGAAUAAGAAUGGAAAGCAGCAGGCUCCCAUCUCUACAGCGACAGUUUCUAUGGUGCACAGUGUUCCUGAAUUGAUGGUCAGCUCUGAGCAAGCAGAACAGCUUGGCAAAGAAGAUCAAAAGAGGCUCCAGAGAAACAAAAAGCUGGUGCUCAUGGUGGAUCUGGACCAGACGCUGAUUCAUACCACUGAACAGCACUGUCAACGCAUGUCCAACAAGGGAAUCUUCCAUUUCCAGUUGAGCAGAGGGGAGCCCAUGCUUCAUACACGUCUUAGACCUUACUGCAAAGAGUUCCUGGAAAAGAUUGCUAAGUUAUAUGAACUUCAUGUCUUCACCUUUGGAAGUCGACUCUAUGCACAUACCAUCGCAGGCUUUCUGGAUCCUGAGAAGAAGCUUUUCUCCCAUAGAAUUCUGUCCAGAGAUGAGUGCAUUGACCCCUACUCCAAGACUGGGAAUCUCAGAAAUUUGUUUCCGUGUGGAGACUCCAUGGUGUGCAUCAUUGAUGACCGAGAGGAUGUGUGGAAAUUUGCUCCCAACCUCAUCACCGUGAGAAAGUAUGUGUACUUCAAGGGGACGGGUGACAUCAAUGCCCCUCCGGGUUCACGAGACGCCCAGCAAGCAAAAAAAGGGAUCCAGCCUAGUCAACCUGCAGAAAGCUCGGAUUCACCUGGAACAUCAGGACACAAGGAGCAGAAUAACGGGGUCAGGAAACAACAGAACAAUGUUCACAAAGCUGCACAUGAAGAUGUUUCUGUCUCUGGAUCAGACGUUCAGGGAACAUCAACCAGAGACAAAAGUCAUCCUGUGAGGACAGAAGAGGAGACAGAAAGCUUACAUUCAAGUAACAAGUGUAAUGCUAAGGAGGAGGAAACGGGAGGCUCAGGUAGCGCGAGUAGCUUAAGUGAACCAGUGGACAGAGAAAAUGUGACUACUACUGCUGAUGAUAAAAGCAAUGACAUGGACUUUGACCUUUCGAGUGACAGUGACAGUGACUCAGGUAAACCAGGAAGUGAAAGCGAGCAGUCGUCAGAAAGUAAAGCACCUAAACAAACCAAACCUGAUGAGGAAACUGGGUUAGACUGGGUCAGUGAAGGGAACGGGGAGAGACGGACAGACUCAGGAAAAGCUCUAGAAGUAAAUCAGGAGGUUCUUAGUGAGCUCGGCAGUGGCUGUGCUGACAAAAAGGAAACAGAAACUGAGUCUCAACACAGCGAGCAGUCAGGAGUCACUAUGGGUGAGGAAUCGUUAGACCACAGCAUGGGGGAUGUAGAGGAGGAAGAGGAGGAGGAGGAAGACACAGAUGAAGACGAUCAUUUGAUUUAUUUAGAAAACAUUUUGGUACGCAUUCACAACGAAUAUUAUUUGCGCUAUGAGGCCUACCUCAACAAGGAGACCGUGGAGAUUCCAGACAUUCGGAAAAUUGUUCCGGAGCUGAAGAGCAGGACAUUGGUAGGCAACACCAUUGCGUUUAGCGGCUUGUAUCCCACUAAUUAUCCCAUGGAGCGAACGCGAGAGUACUACCAUGCAAAGGCAUUGGGUGCCAAGAUAGGCAGGUGCCUUGUGCUCAAUGGCAAAGAUCCUGACUGUACCACACAUCUGAUUGCUGCACGUGCAGGCACAGAGAAAGUGCGGCAGGCUCAAGGCUGUAAGGACCUGCAUGUGGUAAAUCCUGAUUGGCUUUGGGGAUGCCUGGAGCGCUGGGAGAGAGUCGAGGAGGAACUCUUCCCACUUAAAGAGGGCUACACCAAAUCUUUCAGGAGUAACAGUCCAUCAACAUUUCCUGAUGUUCAGGAGUCCUUCCGAGCACCUGUCAUUCGCCCCUCUCCCAUCCAGUCUAAACUCCCACCCGCUCCAGAGGUACGAACAUACGAUCCUGUAACUGGAAAGCUGAUCCGCAGGGGUCCACCGGCCUCCAGUCACCCUUCAUACCUACAAUCCCACAGAACCUCUACAACAAUGCCUGGACAGGAUAUGCACUCUAACUUCAGGUUAAAUCUGGGGUCUCAGCAACAAGAGGAGGUAGAAGGUUCAAAUCAGGAUGAUGUGAAACCUGGGCCUUCACGCAGGAAACGGCAGCCGAGUAUGUCUGAAAGCAUGCCCCUCUACAUGCUCUGUAAGGAGGACUUGGAGAGCAUGGACAAAGAGGUGGAUGAUAUUCUUGGAGAGGAGAGUGAUAAUGAGAGUGAAGAGAAAGGGAAAGAAGAAAGAAUGGAGCAGGAGCAAGAGAAAGAAAAAGAAGCCGAGGUGCAGCCACCAAACUGCGGGCAGAGUGCCAGCGCGACCAGGGUACAACAGGACCCAGCCACUCUGGUCAAAGAUACAGCACUGACGCCACCCAGCAGUGUGUCUGAGAGCGCUCCAAGGGGUCAAAAGAGGAAGCUAAAGGAAUCCAAGGAUGAUGACGAAGAUAACGAUGAUAAAGAUGGAGACUCUGCUAGUCAGUCCAGUAAGGAUUCAAAUGAGGAGGCAGAUGAUAGCAGCUCAGAGGCUGAUGAGAUGGCUGCUGCCCUUGAGUUAGAGCUAAAUGAUUUCAUUUGACCUGUGUGAAGAAAAGAAGAAGGGCAAAGAUGAACUGAGGUUUGGUUUCUAUCACAGUUUGUACAGUGCUUUCCCAUGUGCUGUGACAGCUGUAUGAAUAUGCAUGCCUUUGUGCACAUGCAUGUUUUAUUGUAUGUAGAGAAAUAGGAUAGAUAUGGCCUGGUGUGUAUUAUUGAGGCUAAAGUUAGGAUGUUUCAAGAUUUCAAUUUGGGGCAGGAGUGGCAUUUUCUUCCUUUUCAUAUAGACAUUUUAUAUAAAUGUAUUUUUUAAAAAAGAAAACGACAACAAAUAAAUUGAAUUGGUCAUAAAUGCCAAAGAGUGAAGACUGCUUGUUUUGGCCAGAUGCUAUAUUUCUAUACUUCCAUUUUCCUAUUUUUUACCAAAACAUCUUUCUUAAACCCACCUCUGACCAGCUAUAAUAAACUCCUAAUUACUGCGGUAAAGUUCUGGUGUAAUUGGACCUUUAUGAACGCAAACAAAACUUUACACUUUGUUUUAUAGGUUGAAAAAUCAGUCAGGACUACAUCCUUUUGAAAUGAAAGACACAUUUAUUUUCUAACUAAAUGAGCACUUCUUGUUUUUUUUUGUUUUUUUUUUUUUAAUAUACAUUUUGGCUAUGUACAAAAAUUUUCCUGUCUAUCACAUGUCAAUGUUCUUAACAUAAGAGCUGCAGAUAAGUGUUUUUAUAUCAUACCACCACCAGGUUUCACAGUGUGUGUUCAGGGGUUGACUUUAAGUAUUCAGUGAAUAUUUUGAGUGUUUGGUUGGAUUUCUAUGACCUCGUAACUAAUCAGUGUAAACAUUAAAUCCAUUUUUACCAGAUCAAGUUGUUCUUUUGCAUUGGAUUUGUUUUAAGUAGUUUUUUGUGCUAUUUUUUAUUUUCAAUGAAAGAAUGUAAUGUUUUGCGUAAAAUAUUUGCGCACUUACUUGACCAAAAAAAGAUCUUUAAUAAAGAUUUGUUUUUAUA